AUGACCUCCGAUACUCCCGCGGUCACCUCGCCAGCGGACGCGACGAAAUUUAACCCUCCGCUCCUCCCCGUAUCCAACAACCACACGCGUACUAAUUCCUUCCACUCCGUCUUCACGACCGAAUCCGUGCCGCUGCGCCGCCGCUUCGAGGCCCUCGUCUAUAAUGUCGUGUCCUUGGGCGCCCUCCUCUGGGCCUGGCUCCGCUCCCCCAACGGCAAGGCCGUCCUCAAAUGCUCGCUCGCGUACGUGCUGGGCACGACCGCCACCUUCUGGGAACCCUUUGCCGAUUUCCUCGGCCGCCUCGAUGGCAAGCACAUCGUUGCCACCAUCACCGUCUACUUUCACCCGGCCCGGACCGUCGGGUCCAUGCUCGAAGCCAUCUUGAUCUCCAUCGCCGCCGUCCUGUUCGCCCAGGUCGUGUCCUUUGCCUCCAUGGCGACUUCGCUUAUCCUCUCGACGAAGCUCGGCAUGGUUGCGCUAGCGCGUUUCGUCGUUCUCAUCGUCUUCAUCGGAGGAGGCCUCGGCUUCGAGGAGGUUGUCUACGGCGGGCAGUUCUCCACGGCCAAGAACGAACAGGUCCUCAAGAUGUUGCUCCUAGGCAUCACCAUCACGUCUGCCGUGAACAUGCUCGUCUGGCGCUCCUCUGCGCGCCGCGGCCUGCGGAGAGCCAUGUCCACCGGCGUCGUCAGUCUCGGCGAGCAGAUCGCCGCCAUCACGCGCGGUUUUCUAAAUGGGUCGGAGGAGGAGCUCCAUUCGACCGGCUACGCCAACACACUCGCCCAGCUCACCUCCUCCCACGACACCAUUAGCAGCACCCUCCGCGAGUCUAAAUUCGAAUACUACUUCCUCGGCCGCGAGAAGCAAUACUUUGCCGCCAAAGCCAUCGUCGCCAGCAUCGACAAGCUCUCCCAGGCCGUUGGAGGUCUGAGGUCCGCCUGCGACGCCCAGUUUGUGCUUCUCAAGGAGUCCAACGCCGACCCACCCAACCGGGCUCUGUCGCCGAUAUCGAGCGCCGCCCGGAGGCCCACUAUCACCCGCGCCGUGUCCAGUUUCCUCCGCCAAACGCGCGAGAACAUGGCCUCACUCGACUCCAUUUCCGAGACAGUCGAGAUCGACGACGAGCUCGUCAUGUCGCCCGAGCCCGUCUACGCCGACUCGGUGUCCGUGACGGGUUUCCGCAUCCUCGUCAAUGUCAACUUCAAGUCCAGCUUAGCCGAGGCCUUGAGCCUCUACGACCAGGCCCGAACCAGCUCGCUGCAGGACCUCUACGAUAGCAUCGAACUCGAAAAGGCGCGGUCCGAGGACGUCCAAGCCGAUAUCGAGGAAGUAGCCGCCGCGUGCAGCCACUUCAGCUACAGCUUGCAGUCCGUAGCCCACGAAAUUUCCGCCUACCUCGAUGCCAUUGACGACUUCAAGUUCGUCGUCGACGCCAACUUUCGCAGCUGGAACUGGCUGCGCUUCUGGAGGUAUGUGUGGCCUUCGCGAAAGGGCGACGCGAUUGCCAUGGACGACAUCGAGGGCGAUUCGCUGCUGGAGCCGCACCGCCGCGUCGUCAGGCCCCUAAGGAAGUCGGCGAUGCCUCAGGGUAUCCCCGAUGAGCUGCUGCGUCGGAGGGACAAUUACAACUGGGACGCGGCGGGAGACGUGAGCGAGUGGGCUAGGAAGGUGGCCAAAACCUGGAUGGGCCUACUACGUUGGCUUACCCGCGAUGAUAUUCUUUUUGGCAUCAAGGUCGGCAUCGGCGCUAUCGCGUGGGCGGCCUUCGCCUUUAUUCCCACCACACGUCCGACAUAUAAGCAGUGGCGAGGCGAAUGGGGCCUACUGUCCUACAUGAUUGUCAUCGCCACGACGGUGGGCGCUAGCAACACCACCAGCCUCGCGCGCUUCCGCGGCACGAUUAUCGGCGCCAUCUGCGCCCUCACGGGCUGGAUCCCUGUACAACUUUACCUCGUCUUCGAAACAAAGAGCGGCCAGCUCGCCCGCAUGACCCUGCUCACGUGGAAUGUCUCGGUCCUGUACGCCUUUAGCCUCGCCCGCGAGCUCUACGACGACGACCAGGACGACCUCGACGAGGACUCGCGACCCCUCAUCUUUGACAUUUGCUUCCACCGGUUCAUCGCGGUGACCCUCGGUAUCGUCUGGGGCCUCAUCGUCUGCCGCAUCAUCUGGCCGCUUUCCGGGCGUAAGAAGUUUAGGGAGGGCGUGUCGGUGCUGUACCUCCAGCUUGGUCUGAUUUGGAAGAGAGGGCCGCUGGCGGUGCUGCUUAGGGGCGGAGACAACCCGACUGGUUACCUCAGAACGGCGCAAAAGCUCGACGGCCUCCGCAAUGCAGCGCAGUCCGAGUUUUCCUUGCGCGGUCCCUUCCCCAAGGACCCCUACGCCCGUAUCAUGCAAUCCACCAACCGCAUUCUCGACGGCUUCCACGCCAUGAAUCUCGCCACGAUGCGCCGCGCCCACUUAAGCCCCGGUGAACGCGCUCUCCUACGCUUCACGGCGCCCGAACGCGCCAUCCUCUGCGAUCGCAUCUGCCACGUGUGCCAGGUCAUCGCCAGCUCCGUCAUGCUAGAGUACCCCCUCACAGACGCCAUCCCCAGCAUCAUCGGCGUAAAGGACAGGCUCCUGAGCAAAAUGCAUCAGAUCAGGAAGCAGCAGGCAGAGAUGAUUGAGCGGGAACAAGACGCCCGCCUAAACCCCGACGGGGGCGACCUAGGGCUCUCCCAUGGCACCAGCACCGCCGUCGAUAUCGGCACCCCGGGACCACCAUCCCCGGCGACGACCACCCCAACCCCUUGGCGGAGACGCAUCUCGUCGCCUUACGCGGAGCGUAGCACCAGCCGCGGCCGAUCGGGCGCCUCGUACGGCGCAUCCGUCCGGGAGGGUAUGGGUUUCACGUUCGAUUCCACGGUGGACGCGAGCGACCUAGCCAUUGUCAAGGAGCGGGACUUUUCGCUGCUGUAUAUCUAUACGCUACUUACCUCGCAGGUGGCGGACGAAUUGGGCAAGGUGCUCAAGGAGGUGGAGGGGCUGUUUGGCGUGCUCAGCGAAGAGGCGCUGCUUCUCCAGUAG